GAUUUUAGAGGGAAGAAUUGUUAUAUAAAAUUAUCAAACAUGCUAGAUGGGUUUAAGAAAACUACAAUGGAGGACUACAAUAUUUCUCCUCACAAAAGCCAAAUACAAGGUAAGACUUUGCAAAUCCAUCGCUAAACUUUAGGAAUGAACUCAAGCCUGGAGAUGACUGAGGAGCAAAAGUUAGCUGUGAUGGACACCACCAGAGAUCACUGGGUUCCUAACAAAAGUGCCAAACAAUGUAACAAAUGUCUUAAGGAAUUCAACUUCUUUCGUAGAAGGCAUCAUUGCCGGAUCUGAGGUAAUGUGUUCUGUUCAAACUGCUGCAAUACGAAGAAAAAUCAUAAAAUUUUUAAUGGUAAAAAGAAUAAAAAGACUCUAAAGAAAGCAAGAAGAAGCAAAGGAAGCACUUCCAUCAGGAUAUGUGAAAAGUGCCUCGAACAAUACACACAGCUGCAAGAGAUGGUUGAAGAGAAAAUGAGAAGAAAAUAAUGAUAAGGUUAGCAGCACUCAGAUAUUCAAUCAGAGAAUGUUCUCGUCAUUCCGAGAAAGCAUGAAUAAUUUCAGAGACGAAGCUGAUAGUUUUAAGAAUUCCUCAUCUCAGAGUGUGAGUAGCCGUGAUUUGGACUUUUCAAUUACACCAACAAAUCAAAACAGCUCUAAAAUUGAUUCUGAGAGAUUUAACAAGAAUGGAAAUGAAGAGGAAAGGAGAUCAAACUCCCUAUCGAAUCUUGCUUCAGAUGUUGAGGUUGAGAAGAGACUCUCAGAUACCUCCCAGAUCACUAAACCUAGAGAGGAUCGUAUCUUGAAACUUAUCUCCCACGAGAGCAAUAAAGAUACGGGUGAAGAAUCCAUAGCAGACCCUGGUCUCUCCAAAGUAAGGUCUGAGAUAGUAGUAAGCAAAUCGAUUAGAAAGGAAAUUGAGGAAUAUUUGUACAACACCCAUAUCGAUGAGUAUAACAGGAACCAAGAGAUAAAUGAUUGGAAUCCUAAGAAAAGGGAGCUAUUCAAUGACCUUGAUAGGCUGAUCGACUACCAUGUUCAUGAAAUAGUCGACCAUAUUUUUCAGGAGGAAGAACUCCAAGAAAUUUUCAAGAAUCAAAAUAAGAAUAAUGAAGAAAUCUGGAAAAAGAGAUUCCUGGAAUAUAUCAUUAAGGCAAUCCGUCUUGUGAAGCCGAGCGAGAGGUUAAUGAAGGAUACCAUGAACAUCAACGACUAUGUAAUGAUCAACCUUAUUGAUCAUGAGAAUGAUAAAUAAAUGUAGCUAUAUCAAUGGAUGAGUCAUAAAGAAUAAUAUCGCUGAUAGGAGAAUGAGAUCUGAGAUAAAAUAACCCCAAAAUAUUACUUAUUGGGAACUCUGUCGGAUUUACACAAGAAGACACUUGAGCUGAUAUCGAAACAUUAGUCAAGCAAGAAGAGCAUUAUACUGAUAUAUUAAUGGAACGAAUAAGCCAAGUCAAGCCAGAUGUCAUCAUACUUGAAAAGGAUAUCUCAAGAGCUAUUCUUGUUAAAAUCAAGAAUCUGAAAAUUACUGUUAUAACUAAUGUGGAAAGAAGCUCUAUUGAGAAAAUAGCACGAUCUACAGAAACUCUGAUUAUCCCGUCAGUGAACCUCAUCCAGAAGAAAACAGUGCUGGGAAGCUGAAAGAAGUUUUAUGUCAAGAAAGGCUCUACCAAGGUCAUGAAGGAAAAGAGUAAAAUCAUGACUAUGAACCAAAACCUGAUCUAUUUUGAUGGCUGUAAGCCCUGGUAUGGUUCUACCAUUUGCCUGAGCGGGCCUGACCCCUCAGCCUUAGAAAUCAUUAGUAAAUAUCUAAAACAGGCUUUAAAAUAUUGCCGUGAUCUAGUACUUGAGAGAGAGUAUCUUUUCGUCUCUGAUGCAGACUCUGAAGAUAAGAUGAACACCCCAUUCUUGCUCCCAAAGGUAGGAAUUGGGAAGUUUUCCCUAAAAUAUGUCUCAGCAGUCAUAAAAAGAAAGAAGAACAGCCAGAAUCCAGACGGUGACGAAGAAGAAAAUGAUGACUCUGAUGAGAAUGAAGAGAGCAACUGAGAAGAAAGAAUCGGAAUGGGCGAAGCCCAAGUCCGUAAAAAGAUGGAGAAAAUGUGUGGAAAACCCAAUAAGAAUUACGUCGAGUUUUAUGACAACGAGGAUAUCACUCUCGGUGCCUUCUUGAGGAAAAUGUGCAACGAAGCAAAUGAGAAUUGACGGUUUUGUAAAAAGAAAAACUUGAAUCAUGUAACCAACUUUUAUCACGGGGAAGGUGUAAUAGAGAUCUCUAUUUCUGAAGCUAAUAAAACUCAUACUCAACUCACCUUUGCUGAAAAAGAAAUGGAAAAGAGGAAAAGUGACAAAAAUUCGAGUAAGAAAGAAAAGAUUGUUGACUCUUCAAGUCCAAUUACAAUGUCUCAAGAAAUGUUGUGAAAAGAAAACCAAAAUAAAGAUAGGAAUUCAAACGAAGAGGUUAAAAGACACUGUGAUAAGAAAAUAAUUGGGCAAAAAAAGAGCUUAGUCGAACUUCAGGAGUACUCAUUUGCUAAAUUCUUGCAACAAUAUUUCUAUAACCCAAACCUUCUUCUGCAAUACACUGAUGAAGAAGUUGAGGAUGAAAAUCUGUAUGAGUCUUCCUCAAGCAACAGUUCAAGCCCACUCGACUCUAUCCAGUCAGAAAGGAAGAUACAUCGAGACUUGAUCAGGACUUUUGCUCUUGGGGAUUAUAGGAUAAAGGUCAAGUAUAAAAAGAUAGAUACAUAUACUAUUGAUAUUGUCAAAUUUAGAGAAAUUGAUAACUCAAGUUACCUCGAUAGCUUGAGUCAUAAAGAGCUAGAGCUAAUCAGAGAAAACUUCUCUGUCUGAGCCUCUGAUAUCAGUAAUGAAUUCCAGAAGAUCAAGUUUGGGCUGGAAAAGAUCCUAGAUAUUCCAAACUCUGGGGCUGACAUUUUUAGUGUCAAAAAUAGGCUCAGAGCUAAUAUUAGAGAGUCUUCUUUCCGAAGUAGCCGCAUUCUUCAAAAUGAACUUAAUUUCAGAAGUUACUUUGAAGAUACCCAAGACCUAUUGUUGAAUGCUGAGAAUGAUUUUGAUAAGUUUAAAGAAGAUUCCUUCCUAGAGAUAGAUAAAUUUGUCAAUCUGGAGGAACGAAAUGUGUUACACCUCUCAAUGCUUAGGAAAAAGAUCUUGAUUCAGAUAUUCAACUAUACAUGUAUAAUCUUCAAAAGUAAACGGCUUCUUAAGAGAAUCACAGAGACUUUGUAUAAGCUUGAGCCAUGGCAGAAGCAAAAGAAGGUCAAGAAGGAAAGCCAUAACAGAAAUGAAAACUCUACUUCCCUGAUAAAAGAUAGAGAGCCUUCUGAUGUUGAUAAUAGGAUCCCUAUGACUCCAAGUGGAAGGACACGCACAACAUAUGAUAUUAAGCCUCUAUCAGAUUUUUCUAUGGCUGUAAGGCCUGAUUCACCUGAAAAAGAUAAAAAAGUUUCAAACUUAAAAUCUCUCAAAGAACUUGCUGGAAGACAUAAGGCCCGAACCUCCUCAAUCGAUGUGAUUAUCGAGGAGAAUGAGCACAUGCUUGAUGAAGAAACUGUCAGCAAUCAGGACAGGGAUAAAUCUCUAGAUGUAAAAUCAGAGUACAAUGAAAUAUUCCCUUCUAUCAAGAUCGAUCUCGAAGAUGUUAAAAAGUUAGUCAAAGUUCAACCAAAGACUGAUAAAAUUGAAGUUAGAAACUUCAGUCCUCCUUCUGAUGAAGAAGCAAAGGCAGAAAUUUUUGGAGAGCUCCUAGCAUCCCUUGAAGGUGAAGAAUCUACUUUCCUAGAUAAUGGAAACUUUAAAGAGCUCCAGAGCGUACUCUUAUCUCUAAAAACAGGGAUUAACAACAUCUCGAUUCCGAUUCAUAGAUAUGAUGUGGGGUCUAUUAUUGCAUACAGCUUGAGUACGAAUUGAUAUUACGAAGGACUAGCAAGACAGAAUUAUAUGGAAUUCCAGUCCAAAUUUGACCACAGUUCGGGUGAAGAGAUGGACAUCAACAGUAAACUCCAUACAGCAAGUAAGAUGAGCUCCUCCCCCACUAAGGGUCCUAAAGAUUACGUUGAGAAAAGAGAUGGAGUUAGUAGCCGCAAAGAUGUCAGGCCAAAUUCUAAUAACAAGCGGGAUACCAAGAAGAAAGAAAUGAUAGUGCUGAAUGAUAAGACUGAUGUACUGGAUAGUGAGCAUCAGCCACAUCAUAUAGAGAGUGAAUUUCUGUCUUAUGAGAAGAUCAACUUUAAAAUGAAAUGGAGUACGGUUAAUAAGGAGAUUAAAAUGAAGAUUGACAAGAACAACACUAAAUUAGAUAGCAUUGAAAGUGAUGUUCAAGAGUAUUGACAUAAAGAUAAAAAUAUUGAUGAACUAAUUCUUCCUUCUUACUCUAAAAAUUUCCUAGAUGAUGAAAAUAUUGUAAAUAACUACCUUCAACUUAAUGAGAUUAAGAGAUCACUUGAGUUGAAUUCAACUCAAAGCGGUCCAAAGACGAAGAGGAACAAAAAUGAUGUGAACUUGGAUUCUAUUUCAAAUAAUAAUUAUCAUAUUCCUGCCCCAACACUCCAACUAACGAAGGCUUAUUCAGCGAAAGGCAAUACAACUCGGCAGACUAUGGAUAAGUCAAUAAGUAAGAACUCGAGCAUGAUUCCUGAUUUGGUGAUAACACCUAUGCAGACCCCUGUGAACCAGCUUACAGAGAAAUAUAAGAGCAAAAAGGUUGCUGAUAUCUUAAAAGAUGAUCAUCUUGAUUUUGAAGUAACCAUCUAUUUCCCCAAGAAAUUUGAAGCAUUGAGGAAGUUCUACUGAGGAAGCCAUGAAGAUUUUAUCAAAAGUAUUAUGAAGACCUCUCAUUGGCAUGACAAUAGUGGAGGGAAAACAAAUUCUCCCUUCUUCAAGUCGGGUGAUCAAAAAUAUAUAUUCAAAGAGGUAAAUCGAGGGGAUAUCAGAAUGUUCACUGAUUUCACACCUAGGUAUUUCGAUUAUUUAUGAAAAUCCUUUUUCCAUAACUUCCCUUGUGCCUUGGCAAAGAUCUUGGGAGCUUACAAAGUCACUAUCAAGACUAAUGGAAGGAAGAAUAGUCUCACUGAGAAGUAUUAUGUGAUAAUUGAGAAUAUCAAUUAUGGGAUCACAGAUGAGACUCAUAUAAUUAGAUAUGAUCUAAAAGGCUCUACCAGGAACAGAUUUAUUAGAGUAGAAGAACCUCUUGGCCCAAGAAUUGGAGCAGCUCCUGUGUGACUAGAUACCAACUUUUUAUUGGAUAAUAAAUCAAGACCGAUGGCACUGAAGAAUGUGUAUUAUAAAAUCUUAAUGAUCUGUAUCAACAACGACUCCCUCUUUUUCUCUAGAAGUAAUAUUGUUGAUUACUCUUUACUGGUAGUUAUUGAUAAGAAGAACAAAACUGUCAGAUUUGGGAUAAUUGACUAUAUCCAGCAAUAUACUAUGGAGAAGAUGGUGGAAUCCAAAUUCAAGGCUCUUAUUGCUGCAGGAGACCUCCCAACAAUUUUAGACCCAGCCCCUUACAAGACAAGGUUUCAAGAAGCAAUGAAAAAGUAUUUUAUUGGAGUUUAA